AUGUCUGUUGAUCAUACAGAUAUCUCUCGAGCUUGUUUUCGUUCCCUGGCCCUUUCUCAGUUUGAUGGGACUCCUAUUCCUGUGACUGAUCCUGAUCUUAAGUCUUCAGAUUUCGAUGAGGCCUGGCGGGAUUUUGAAAGCAAAUAUCCGUUCAUGGAAUACGUUCUUCGACACUGGGCCAAACAUGUCCAGAAGAGCUCCCGGGGUGAUAUUCAAGAUGAUUUGUUGCUCCUUUUUGAUGAAGGAAGCAGUAGUUACAAACUUUGGACGUUUGGUCGUCACUACCACGGCCUCCACAACCCCUUGUUUUACGAUCAGGCGGUUUACGGAAACUGGAUGUUCACACACGGGAUUUACGACCACGGGGUUUACGACCACGGGGUUUACGACCACGGGAUGGAUAUUUAUUUGUUUCAAAGAGGAAAAUAUGGCGAUCGUCCACUAGAAUGCUUGAGAAGAGUCAAAAGACCUUUAGAGCCCUCUGCUCUUCAUUGGGCUACAAUGUUGGCACUACCAAAUAUCUGUACGGUUCUUAUCGGUCGCGGGAAGGAACUCGAUGCCUCGAGCGUUGUUGGUACACCAAUGUACUGUGCUAAGACAGCUCUUGACUUCAUUUCAACACAUUUGCGCUGCGAACAAGACGGCCGUUGGCUAUGGGAAUGUAUAGAAGAAAUAAUCAAGAUUCUUAUAGCCGGCGGAAACAUCUACAAUGCGGAAGACUCUCGCGGUCGUACACAUUCAGUUGUAGAACUUCUAUACGAUUCUUAUUCUUAUCAGGUAGUAGAUAAAAAUUACAAGCUUCUCGAAUCUGUUUUCGCCAUGGAUCCAAAGAUAUCGAUGGAUGAUUUGUUUUCAUUUAUAGAGUAUGCCAGUCGGUCUUAUUUGAGCAAGAUAUUUGAUGAUGCUAGGACCUUUGAACUCUUGAAAUGGGCAACAAGGACGAACUUCAAACAUUUCAACCCCGAUACGUUACCAAUAACAUUAACUAUCAUCCUCUGUGAACUAGCUAAACCGGGAAAACCUUCGACAAAUCUCAAAUGCCUUCUCCAGAUAGACCUCCAUGACAUAACACGAGAAAAUAACGGGCUAGAUUUAGAUUGUGCAUUGCGAGAUAAAUCUGAAGAUUGGAUGGCAAAAUUGCAUGUUGCAAUUUUGCAAUGGAUUCUCGUAUCAAAAGAGAAGGUCCCACACAGUCUUGAGAGGAUGCUCGUCAGAAUUGUCUCUGAUGAGUUCGUGAUGAAUGUACCAUGUAUCUUCGAGUUCAUACGGGAUAUCGUCACGACAUCACUGAGUAACAACAUCAAGCUAAAUCUCAAUUUGCGAUGUACAGAUAAAGAAGGCGACAUGCUUAUGCAUCAGAUAUUCAAGAUAUACACCAGACACAGCGUUUUCAAGCUGGGAAAGCCAUUCUUGGCGGCUAUUUUCAAACAUGGGGCAGAUCUUACCCUCUCAAAUAACAGUGGCAUGAGCCCAAUAGAGCUGUUGAUACAAAACAAAAAGAAAUGGUAUUCGGAGACUCUGUUGAUAUAA